GAGGAAAAAAAAAAAACUAUAUAUAGGGCAUGAUUCUCUUGGUUUUUGAUUCAUCAGAUUCUUUCGAGUUUCUAUUUCUCUUUUCUUUUUUGUUACGAAUUGAUUCGAAACACUUUCACGACUUUUUCCCUUUAAAUUAUUUUUGUAAUUAUUCUUGAAAUUAAUUACAUUUUCUGACGACCUUUUUUUUGUUUACUUUUAAUCUCUACACACACUCCACUCUCUUUGGACACAUUUUUUUUUUAUUAAUCUUAACGCUUUAUUUUCGUACGUGUAAAUAUGGAUCACUUCAAGGAUCAAGCUGUCAAGGCCUUCAACUUUGCCAAGCACGAAGUUUCUUCUCGUAUUUCUGAAAGAACAAACUAUGAUCAUGGACCACCCUUCACUUGUGCCAUCUUUGGUUGUGGUGGUAUCAACUUUGGUUCCGCCGAAGGCCCUUGGAACAAUUCUGAAAAACUCGAAUUGGUCCUCGGUCACCGUCUCAAGGUGAUUGCCCUUCUUUCUCCCCACAAGAGCUCUCACGAACGUGUCUUGAAGCAAAAGGCCGAAACUCCUUAUGCCUCUUGUUACAACACUGUCCAAGAAUUUUACUCUGCUGACGAGUACAUUCAAUACUUGACCGAACACCCAGGUGAACUUCCUCAUGCUUUCAUUAUUGGAAUUCCUCCUGAAACCCACGGUUCCACUGCCCCAGGUGCCGAUAUGGAGCUUGCCCUCUUGAAACGAUUCCCCAAUGCCUCUCUUUUCAUCGAAAAGCCCAUUUCCGCUGCUCCUGUGGAGGAUGCCUUUGCUGUCGCCAAGCAAAUUCCCAAGGAGGCCGUCAUCUCUGUCGGUUACAUGCUUCGUUACUUAAAGGUGGUUCAAAAGGCCAAGGAGAUUAUUCGUGAAAAGAAUCUCAAGGUCGUUAGUACCAUCGCCAAGUACAACUCUGCCUACAUUCACAACAACAAGGUAUUUUGGUGGGUCAUGUCUCAAUCCGGUGGCCCUGUCGUCGAGCAAGGUACUCACUUUUGCGAUUUGUCUCGCUUCUUUGGUGGUGAUGUCGACACUAGCACUGUUCGUGUCCAACGUGUCAACUGGGAUGACGCCCCUGGUAAAUUGUCUGCCAUGCCUUUUGACGAAAACAAGGAAGUCCCUCCUCAUGAACGUAUCCCCCGUUUCACCGCUGCUGUCUGGAAGUACAAGGAGGGCGGUGUAGGUUCCUUCACCCACAACAUUACCCUUCAAGGUACAAAGUAUGACACUUGCAUUGAAGUUCAAGCUGAUGGUUACUACCUUCGUAUCGUGGAUCUUUACGGUGAUCCCGUUCUCUACGUUCGUUCCCCCGAAUCCGACAACGAACAAAAAUACCACUACCCUGGUGAUGAUCCUUACUACGCCGAAUUCAAGGCCUUCUUGGAAGCCGCCGAAGGUAAGGGUCCUAGAAGCGCCAUCCAAUCCGACUUUAUGGAUGCUGUCAAGUCUUAUGAGCUUACCAAGGUCAUUACUGCUGCCAAGUAAAAAGAUUUUUUCCCAAUUUUGUUAUCUCUAAAAAAAGAAAAUUAAAUCCUGGGUGGUUGCCUUUUGACAUAUACAUAUAUAUAUAUUUUAGGCAUGUUCAAUGACUAUGAUGAUAGAUUUGUAUAGUUUAUCAAUAAUAGAAGUAAUUGAUGAUUAUAUAUAUUCAAAAAGGUUCGAGUUUGGUAAUAGUAGUACUAGUAGUAGUAGUAGCAUAG